AUGCGGUGUGGUGCAGCGAGAACGACACCUUUUAUUCGCAACAGCAUCCUCAGCGAAAAAAGCGGAUUUACGCGGGAUUUCGCGCGAGCGAUAUCGUCCUCUUUUUGCUCGUCUUCGGUGAGCGACGAAACCUUCGCGUCGUCGUCGUGCGCGUCGGGUUUCUCGUCGUCAGAGAAGGAGGAUUUGGAGACGAUUCGCCGCCGGAAUUUUCCAAUUCGCACUGUACACGUCUUUGAAAAACAACAACAAAGACGAAAGAAAACGACGAUGUCGAGCAAAGCAAAGGAAAAGGAGGAAGAGAAAAACAGCAUUCCAGUCACGGUAUUCGUGAACCAGAAACUGAUGGACUCGAAACCGAUCGAGAGAUUACGAGGGAUGAAAUUCGAUCGGUUGAAGAUUGAUUGCGUCUCAGACGAGAACGACGGAGGCGACGAUGAUGAUGAUUUUGCUGAUAAUGCUUUGGGAGAGAAAGAGGAGAGCGUUUUAUCGAGUAAAAUGGCAUCGUCGGAAUCGUCGUCAUCGAUGAUGAUGAAGACAAAGAAGAUUUCUGCGGUGGGAUGGUGGUUCGCCAACACCGACGCGCUCUCGAAACACAUGGAACGAGAACAGAUGACGAUGAUGAUGAAGACGACAAAAAGCGGCGGGAAAGAGGAGAAAGAGGAGAAGUGUAAAAGCGGCGACGAAAUAGUUUGGACGCACUCGGCGUCGGCCGGCGUCGAUCACUUGUUAAAACACGAGGCGAUACAGACGCACGGGUCGGUGAUGACCAACGCGAAAGGCGCGUUUUCGGCGUCGUUAGGGGAGUGGGCGAUAUUCGCGAGCAUGUAUUUCGCGAAGGAAGUGUUUAACAUGCAAAGAGCGCAAAGAGAGAAGGUUUGGAAACGGUUUCAGGUGGACAUGUUGAAGGGUAAGGAGAUGUUGGUGGUCGGGUACGGCGACAUCGGACGUUCGAUCGGGAAAAGAGCGAAAGCGAUGGGGAUGGUUGUGAACGGAGUGAGGAGCAAGAAAGUGAUCGAAGAGAGAGAUCGAGAGGUGGUAUCGGAGAUGUUUACGCUGCAAGAAUUGGAAAAGGCGGUGGAAACGGCGGAUUACGUGGCGUUGGCGUUGCCGCACACGAGAGAAACGGAAAACGUAGUCGGCGUAAAGGUGUUUGGAAAGAUGAAAUCAUCCGCGGUUUUAAUCAACGUCGGUAGAGGUGCGAGCGUGGACGAGAACGCGUUGUGCGAUGCGUUGAAUACGGGAAAGAUAAGAGGCGCCGCGUUAGACGUGUUUCAAACCGAACCGUUACCGGAAUCGAGUCCGUUAUGGUCAAUCGAUGAAGCGAAACUUUUGAUGUCCUUUCACUCGGCGGAUUUAACCAGCGAUUACCACGAUUUAGCCAUGGACGUGUUCGUAGAAAAUCUGAGACGUUUCGAUCAGAGUGGAGGGAAAACGGACGAUUUGAUCAAUAAAGUAGACAAAACGGUCGGGUAUUAA